CGGCUUUUCAACAGUGCAAGUGCUUUGGUUAUUCACUAAUAAUUUUGACAGAUAAAAAAGCUUACCGAUAUGUCGCUGUUACUCUUUUUGGCCAUCAGUCUUAUAGAUGCGAGUUUGGCCUUCAAUUUCAAAGGCGACAUAAACGUGAACGUGAAAAUUCCGCGAGAGGCGGAAAUUAACAAGUCGGUCAACCUCGACUGCUCGUGGUGGCUCAGCAGCAACAACAGCUCCUUGUACUCGGUCAAGUGGUACAAGGACGAGUACGAAUUCUACAGCUACAUGCCGGAAAACGACCCGGACAGCCGAAUAAAGACACAUCCUGUCAAUGGAGUGAACGUCGACCCGAAGAGCAGCAGAAUGGGCUCGAUCAGGCUGCUCUACCUGACGCUCAACAGCACGGGCCAGUACAAGUGCGAGGUGUCGACGGGCGCGCCCUUCUUCGCCACCAACUACGUCAAGGAUAAUCUCACCGUCAUAGCUCUGCCGAAGCAAGGACCCCAGAUAACCGGGCUAACGCAGCAGUACGCUCUGGGCGAGAACGUGACUGCCAACUGCACCGCUUGGCCGUCGGUACCGAAGGCCCAGCUCAAGUGGACGAUUAACAACAAAACGGUGCCGUACGACUACGUUGUGCAACAUCCAACUCAUCAACCGAUCGAGUCUCAAGGAACGCCCAACAGCAUAGGCCUGCGCUUUACGAUCGACAAUCGUUACCUGAAGACCGCCAGCUACCUGGGAGCUUUGAGGAUUCGCUGCGUCGCCCUGGUUGGCUCUCGGCGCUUUGAAACCGAGCAGCCGGUCAUGCUAGCCCACGCCAACAACCAACGCUUCAGCGCUGGCGAUUUGAGGAGUCGCGCCCCGAGCGCAGCCUACAGUCUAGCUCUCUUACUGCUCGGAACCAUCUUGACCGCCACGUGACCAGUUCAAUAUAUCGCGUCCUUUAUUGUUUUGUAAAAAAAACCUUAUGACUAUUUCAUGAGCAUGUUCUUUUGUAAAAUCAUCGUGUUAUAUAAUUCAGAUGAUGAUUCGUUAUUGAGAUUGUAUAUGAUAUUUAUGACGAUAUACGUUAACGUUUAAGUGAUAGCAUGACGAACGAGGCGAAAUCGAAAUUUUAAGAUUGCGAAUUUGUAAAUUAGGAUAAAGUUAAAAGCAACUGCGAGUGAAUGCGUUCAUCCAAGAAAAGUUGAAAUUUCGAGGUUUUCGUGAAUAAUUAUCUCGAAAUCGUUAUUAAAUUACUCAUAUUAUAGGUUAUUAUUAUCUUGUAGAGGGCGCCACACGAGGUCCAUAACGUGAUCCUACGAGUGCGCUUGCGAAAGUAUGUAAGUACACAACUCGUAUAUUUAAGGUGAAUUUGAUUAUAUAAGUAUUUAUGAGCCAGUUUGAACUGUGCGUUGAACAUAAUUCCACUUGGUAUCAUUUGAAUAGUGCCUUUGGAAAAGUAAAAUGUUUUAUUAGUAAAGAGUUGCACGAAUUAAAAAUCCAAAGACAUUUGUUUGAAACUUUCUAGUUGUAAAUUAGUGCAUACAUCUGGGAAAAAUGAUAUGUUGUGGCUAAGUAGAUGGGUUCGUUCAGGAAUAUCAAGUAGAAUUAUCUCAACUGUUCAUCUGGAAAUGUAUCUUUAUAUACGCGUGAGAUUGAAAAAAUGUGAAAAACGACACUUGAUUAAUUGUCGCUACGAUUUUUAAUCGUCGGUGAACGAACAAAAAUAAGUGUUCAUUUAGUGAUAUGAAGAGUAUCUGUUGUUAAGAACCUCUUUGCUGUCCAUCGUUAUCGUUAAAAUCAAAACAGAACGAGAUUUAAAAAUUGAGACUGUCGUUUAGCAAUCCAAAAUAAUCUACAAAUAGUAUAGUCUC